AUGAAGCUUAAACAGCACUUGAGCACAAUGAUCCGGGCAACAGUUCUAGCUGCACUCCUCGUUGGAGCUAACUGCCAGUACGCUGGCGCUGGCGGCUUCGGCGGUGCACCUCAACAAUCGUUCGGCGGAGCCCCACAAGGCUAUGGAGCUGCGCCUCAACAAUCGUUCGGUGGAGCCCCACAAGGCUAUGGAGCUGCGCCUCAACAAUCGUUCGGUGGAGCUCCACAACAAUCGUUUGGAGGAGGCGGCGGUGGAUAUGCCCAACAAGCACCGGCUCCCGUUCAAUCGUACGCCCCACAGGCCCCACAAUUCGCUCCUCAGCCUGCUCCUCAGCAGUUCGCUCCUCAGCCUGCUCCUCAACAAUUCGCUCCUCAGCCUGCUCCUCAACAAUUCGCUCCACAGCCUGCUCCUCAACAAUUCGCUCCUCAGCCUGCUCCUCAGCAAUUCGCUCCUCCACCACCCCCACAAGGAGGAUACGCGCAGCAAGCUCCCCCUCCUUUCGCUCCACCUCCACCAAUGGGAGCACCUGGAGGUGGAUAUGCGACUUCGGGAGGAUUUGGAGGAGCCCCACAACAAUCGUUCGGAGGUGCCCCACAACAAUCGUUCGGAGGUGCCCCACAACAAUCGUUCGGAGGAGCCCCACAACAAUCGUUCGGAGGUGCCCCAGCUGGAGGAUACGCCCAACAGGCUCCACCACCAGCCUUCGCCCCUCCACCACCCGCUCCAGCUCCAAUGCCUCAAUUCGCGCCUCAGCCAGCUCCCCAAGCCGCUCCAUCGUUCGCCCCACCUGCCCCACCACCACAGCAGUUCGCCCCACCACCAGCCCCCGCCCCGGCUCCACCACCACAGCAGUUCGCUCCCCCUCCACCAGCGCCUGCCCCAGCUCCACCACCACAGCAGUUUGCUCCUCCACCAGCACCCGCUCCUAUUGAGGCUGCCCCACCAGCACCCGCUCCAGCCCCCAUCGAGCCCCAGGCACCCGCUCCUCAACAAGAGGUCCAGGCCCAACCCGCCCCAGCUCCCGCCCAGAACUCGUACGGAGAUGAGCCCGUUGCCCCUGAGCCUGCUGCCCCUGCUCCUGCCCCAUCCGGUGGAUACCGUCACCGCAAGAUUGCUCGCGCUCGUGCCGCUCUCACUCACCACAAGAAGAACCGUGCCUCCGGUGCCGCC